AUGAGCGCUCUUCGACCUAUUAUACGAUGUUCCCGUAGUACCCUCAAACCUAUCGAGGUGUCUCGACAGGGAUCACGUGUUACCAGCAUGAGAGGAUUCGCUACUUCCCUCAAAGUAUCUGAAGAACUCUCUAAAACCCCUCUCUAUGAUUUCCACGUUGAGAAUAAGGCUAAGAUGGUACCAUUUGCGGGAUGGAGUAUGCCUUUGAGUUAUGGUGAAGUUGGACAAAUUACUGCUCAUAAACAUGUUCGUUCAUCUGCCGGUUUAUUUGAUGUUUCCCACAUGCUUCAACACAAUUUUACUGGAUCAACAAGUCAAGAAUUUCUCUUAACACUUUGUCCUUCAUCUCUUAAAUCACUUCAACCAUUCACUUCUACCCUUUCCGUCUUACUGAAUGAAAGUGGUGGUAUUAUUGAUGAUACUAUCAUCACCAAACAUUCUGAUGAAUCGUUUUACGUCGUUACCAAUGCGGGCAGAGCGAAAGAAGAUAAAGAAUGGAUCGAAAAACAAUUAUCUAAAUGGAAUGCUGAACAUGAGGGUGAAGAACAAGUUAAAUGGGAAACUUUAGAUGGUUAUGGUUUAAUAGCUCUUCAAGGGCCAAAAUCAUCUCAAGUAAUUCAAUCUUUAACAGAAACGGAUUUAAAUCAAAUCAAAUUCGGUCAAAGCGCUUUCGUAGAUUUAGAUACAGGAAAAGAGAAAGUUAAAUGUCACAUUGCAAGAGGUGGUUAUACCGGAGAAGAUGGAUUCGAAAUCUCUAUCCCUCCUGCCAACGCCGUCGAAAUGACAUCUCGUAUUGCCAAUCACCCCGAUGUCCAACUCAUUGGACUUGGUGCUAGAGAUUCAUUGAGACUUGAAGCUGGAAUGUGUCUUUACGGUCAUGAUCUAGAUGGAACAGUUAGUCCUGUUGAAGCUGGUUUGAGCUGGGUCAUAGGCAAAGAUAGAAGAGCAGAAGACUCUCAACCUUCUUUCCCUGGUAAAUCACGAAUCAUCUCUGAAUUGGCUUCAGGUCCAUCUAGAAGAAGAGUUGGAUUCGAAAUCACCGGUGCUCCUGCCAGAGAAGGUUGCAAAGUAUUCGACUCAACAGGUACCAAAGAGCUUGGAGUAAUAACAUCUGGUAUUCCAUCUCCUUCAUUAGGUAAAAAUAUCGCUAUGGGUUACGUAGCAAAUGGAUCUCACAAAAAAGGUACUUCAGUCAUGGUUGAAGUGAGAAAGAAGAUGAGAGAAGCUAUCGUCAGACCAAUGCCUUUUGUUCCUACGAAAUACUUCAAGUAA